AUGUCUAAGUCAAUAACAUCACAAUAUUUUAAAUUUAAUAGUUUCUUUGGUAAUAGAUUAUUUAUGGUUUAAAAAUUUAUUUAAUAAAUUAAAAUGUAGUCUUCUAAAUUAAGAUUUAAAUUAUUAAAAUAAAAUCAUAUGAAUAUUAUAGAUGACAAAGCCUCAAGUUAUGAAUAUUUACUUUAAAAUAAAAUGGUAAACUAAAAAGAUGAGUCUUUUUUCUAAAAAAUAAUAUAAUUUAUUUAAAAUGCCUAUAUUUUAAAACCUGUAAAUAAUAUAUUAAUUUAAAUAAUUUUUAUAUUUUAUUUAUUUUAGAAUUCUAUAUUAUUUUUGUUAUGGAAUAUUAUUUUAUUAAUAUUUCUUAUUUUAAGAAUAAUCUAUAUUCCUUUGUAAUUAGGACUUUUUUAUUUUGAAAUAAAUAUUCCUUAAAUAAUAAUUUUUAAUUUAAUUCCUGAUGUAUGCUAUGGUGCCUAAAUAAUUAUUGGAUUUAAUAAAGCAAUAUAUAAGAAAGGGAUUUUAAUAUAAAAUAGAUCAGUUAUUAUAAAAAAUUACAUUAAAAAAAGAUUCUUUAGAGAUUUUAUAAUAUUAUUAGUUAUGUUAAUUGAAUAUUUCAAUAAGUCUAAUUGGCUUCAAAUAUUGGUAAUAUUUCUAUAUCAAGAUAUAAGUGAAAUAUUAGCAGAAUUUGAUGAAAAAUAUCAUUUAAGAGAAAAAACUAAAGGUGUAUUUGAUCUCACAAAAUUAGUGUUUUUCAUACUUUAUAUAGGACAUAUAUGUGGGUGUUUAUGGAACUUUAUUGCAAUGAAAGAAAGAGAAAGUGGAAUGGCAGAUGAUCAAUUAUGGAUUGGAACUUAUAAGGAAAACUGGUUUGAUAGAUAUAUAGAUAGUAUGUAUUGGGCUGUUGUAACUAUGUGUACUUUAGGUUAUGGAGAUAUAACACCUAAAACAAAAUAUGAAAAAAUUUUUGUAAUGGGAGUUGUACUUAUUUCUACUUUUGUUUUUGCUUUUUCUAUGAAUUUAAUUGGAGAUACUAUAAAAGAAUUUUAUAGAAAAGAAAAAGAGUUUUAAGAUUAUAUUUAGAAAAUAAAUAUUUAUAUGAAGAAAAGAAAUAUUAAUGAAGAUAAUUAAGUUAGAAUUAAGAAAUAUUUAAAAUAUUUAAAUAUUUAAAAAAACGAUUAUUUUAAUUCUGAGAUUUUAUUAGAAUAAUUAGAAGACAAUUUGAAAGAAGAUGUCAAGUAUGAUAUAUUCGGAAAUUUAUUGAAAAAGUAAUCUAUUUUAAGAGACUCAUUUGAUGUUUAUAAAUUAUCUUAAAAAAUGGAAGAAAAAGUAUUGCCUUUUAACUAGUAUAUUUUUACAGAAGGCGAUUAAUCGGAAUAUUUAUACUUUUUGCUAAAAGGAUCAUUUACUAUUUAUAAGAAAUAAAAAUAAAUUUUAUUUGAUUCAAUAAGUGUAAAUAAAUAUAUUCAAUUUUUUUUUUUUUUCUUAAUAAAAAAAGUAAAAAGGAAAAAUAUUUGGAUAAAUAUAAUUUUUUAGUGGAUAAUAAUAUAAUUAUUCAGUAAAGACAAAUUCAACUGUAGUUUUAGCAUAAAUAUCCAAAGAAGAUUUCCUAUAAGUAAUAAAGGAUGACCCUUAAUAAUACGAAAAAUAUAUGAAACUAAAAGAUUAAUAUAAUAUAUAUAAAGAGUUCUAAAGUUAUUAAUGUAAUGUUUGCUUUAAAUAUGGACAUGAUAUUUUAGAAUGCCCUAUAAUCAACUUAUAACAUAAACCGUAUAGACUAUAAAUUAACUAACAAAACGAAAGAAAUUAAGAUAAAAAUCGUUAUCGACAUAAAACUUGCUCAAGAAAAGAUUUAAAAAAUUUAUAGGAUCUAAUUCAAAAAUAUAUUUAAAACUAAGAGCAUAUU